ACCCAUUUCACAAUUGCAUUUCUGCGCCGCCCGGCAAGUCAACAGCUUGUUAUUAUUUUCUGUUUCUGUGAAAAAGGGGAAUCACCCGGAAACCAGUGAAAAUGCUUACCUCAGUGUGUGGCAUGCGGCUGACCACCUACGGUGUGGGACUAGGAUGGAUCGGCGUGAUAUUCUCCUUUCUGGCCGUGAUCCUCACGUCUAUUGCUUUGGGAAACGUCGAUGAAAUUGCCCAGGAGAUGGUCAAGGCCCAGAAUACCAACCUAACGGAGGAUCAAAUGCGCACUGUCCUGGUGAUCAUUUUGAGCAUUUACCUGGCUCUGCAGUUGAUCAACCUCCUGUCCUCGGGCAUGCUGAUUGUGGGAACCCUUAAGGAACGUCAUCUGUACCUGCUACCCUGGCUUUUCAAUAACGGCGUGGCCCUGAUCUUUGGUCUUAUCACCCAAAUUGGAAUGUUCGUGCAGGCCAGCUCGUCGAGUGUCGUACCCUCCAUCUUGAUCUCUUUGCUAACCUUUGCUCUCAGCGUGUAUCUGUACUAUGGCAUCUAUUCGCUCUACAAGCAGCUUCAGCGUACCAGCGACCUCCAGCGUCCUCUUAUCCCACCGCAGAGCAGUGCCAGAAACUACGAGGGAUUGCCCAACAAUCCAUAAGUUCCUUUUAAAUCAAAGGAAUGAUGCUCCAAUGAGACAUGAAUUAAAAUGUUCCUUAUAUAAAUGGGACUUUGUAUUAUUAUUAUAAUUAUUUCAAGAGCCUUUAUCAGUUAUAAAUAAAAUAUAAAAAAGGUUCUAUAAGGUUCUAUAACUUCCUUGGAAGUCUCAAAAGUGCCUAUAAAUAAAAUAAUAUCGAAACAGA